AUGUCACCGACAGCGUCGGAAGUGACGUGGGUGGUGGAGGUGACCAAGUACAAGGACGUCAGCAAGGAUGCGCUCUCCGUCGCCAUGGCGGAUCUCGAAACUGAGGUGUCGCGGGGAAACGGACCUAUCACUAUCCUUCUCGUCCACGUCAUGACUGAGGUUCCUUGUUCCCAUGCCACCUCCGCGUGUCUAGCACUACUUCACCGCCUCUGCGCGCGUGUUGCGGCCCUUUCAUCCCAAAUCGACCUCCCAUUCUCCCUCGCCCUGGUAACCCCUUCCCCCCUUAUUCCCCCCACACCCCUCCUUUCCUCUCCCGCCUCGUCGGCGGCGUGCAUGGCGGCAGGCGGAAUGGACCUGCCGGCGAGCGAGGUGGAUCCGAAGACCGCGCUGGAGCACGGCCGCCGCCUCGUCGAGGUCAUGCUGCGCCCGCUGCUCGCGCACGCCAAAACCAAAAAGGUGCACUGCAACGCGUCCAUUGAGCGCAACGACCGCCGCGAGCUGGGGCUCUGCGCUGCUGCGCGCCGAGCCAAGGCGCAGCGCGUCUACGUGGGCCUCCGCAAGAAGCUGCUGGGGUGGUCGUCAUCAGCAUCAGCGCACUACGAGGCGGGCCUGCCGCCGUCAUGUCUGCUCGUGGUGGUGCAGGGCGCCAAGCAGCACCAGUCCCUGCCGGGCUCGGGGGGAGAAGCGCCCUUCUUCGUCGUCUCCCCCAACGCCUUCAUCUUCUGUCGCUACAACGCUCCCACCGCCCCCGCCUCCGCCGCCCCCGCCUCCGCCGGCCCGCUGUCAGGCUCCGCCACGCCCGACUCAGAGCACCUCUCCGCGCAGCACCCCAAUCCGCACCUCUCCGCGCAGCACCCCAAUCCGCACCUCAACGCGCCCUCGCUCCACGCGCCUGGGGCGCUCGCCAUGGCCGUGGCAGCAGGCGUGGGCACGAGAGCAGGCGCGGCGGGGGGCGCAGGGCACCAAGCGUCGCCGUCGCUGUCGCACGUGGAGGGCGCGCACGCGCUGCUGUCGCCGCAGCACGCGCGCUCGUCCAGCGCGCGCUUCUCCCCCGCGCAGGUCGCGCUGAAUUCCGCCUCGCCUGCAGGGCCGGGCGCCGUGCGGGUAGCAUGGUCGCAGGGCGCGUCGCCCAUGGUGCCGCGCGGGGGCGUGGGAGGGGCGGGGCUGGGGCCGGGGAUGGGAGCAGGGGCAGGCGGAGGCGCCAGGUUAGCAGGGACGGGCAGCCACAGCGGCGGCUUCCCUGCGGUUGCCUUGGUGGGUGCAGGGGGCGCUGCAGCGGGCGCGUGUGAUGCGCCGCCACCCCUGUGCGCGGGGGAGUGCCGGGGAGGUGGGGCGUGUGUGGGGAACGGGGGGAAGGCGGUGGGCGUAGGGGCGGAGCAGCUGCGGCCGGGGGUGAUUUACUCGUCUGUGGAGGGCAGCAGUGAGGCGCCGGGCAGGCUGGGCAGCAGCAGCGGCAGCACGGCGUUCCCAGGGGAGCUCAACGCCUCCGCGCUCUCCUCUCUGCAGGUGCUCCCCCUCUCCCCGCUAUCAGCUCCUUCUCUGCUUACGUGCACUCCUCUCCAUCCCAUGCUGUGUGGCCGCAGCAUGCCCCUGGGCGUCUUGUUCCUCGAUGCUGCCGCCGCUCUCCCCUCACAUCAAUCCCGCCCUGCUCACCUGCGCUUCCCCCCUGGCUCCGCGCCCCUCAACUCUCCCGCUCUUUCUUCUCUUUUCCGUGGGAAUGUGGCAUGUGGUGAGGAGCGGCUGGCGAGUCUGAGGGCCAUGAUGCCGGUGGACGCGUCCACGGGGCACACGUCACUCGCCGCCUCCGCCCUCUCCUCCAUGGAGGUCCCCACCCUCUCUGCUGACUACUGCCCCCCUGGUGUCGCAGCAGCAGCCAUUGCGGAGACUCUCGCCAUGCACCACCACCACCACGCGCACCACCACCACGCGCACCACCACUCACUGCUGCCCUCGCCCGCCCCGCCCCACCUGUCAUCCGCCUCCCCCAUGGACGAGAACGACUACCACCGCAGCCUUUCCGACGCCGCCCGCCACAAGCCGGGCCUGCCGCCCACACGCGUGACGGGCAGGGACGCAGCGGGCGGCGUGGUGGGCAAGGGGGGGCUGCGGGAGGCAGUGCGGUCGAGCAGCGCCAGCGCCAUGCCGCUGGACGCCGCUGCUGCCGCCGCCGCCGCUGCCGCGCUCGCCUUCUCCACGGCGUCCCCCGCGUCCACCGGCCGCCUCACCCCGCCCCUCCACGCCGGCCGCGACAGCCCCGGCGGGCGUCGCGUGGCCUUCUGCGUGGCGCCGCACGGCGCUGCUGCUGCGGGCCGGCAAGGGGGUGAGGGGGGCGCGCACAUGGGGAAGGCCGGGGCGGGCAGGGAGAUGGAGGGCAACGGCGGUGCAGGUGGGGGCGGGGGCGGGGGCGGGGGUGGGGGCGGGGGGGGCAUGCGGUCGCUGCUGGCGGACGAGCUGGCGCUGCUGGAUGAGGAGGAGGAGGCCACUGGGGGCGGGGAGGAGCGGUGGGAGGGCAAAUCCGUGAGCAGCAAUAGAGCAGCAGAGGCGGGUGCGGACGCACGUGGCAAUGACAACAAGUCAGAGCGCUUCCUCUCACAGCAGCUGCGCGCGCUGCAGCUCAGUGGCCCGCAGACCAUGCUCUCCGCCGACUCACCCGCCUCCGCACUGCUGCCCGCAGAUGCAGCACAGGCGGGGGCGGCAGGGGCGGAGGCAGGGAGGAUGGUGGUGGAGAUGGAGCCGCCAGGGCAGGUGGGGGGCGCGCCCAGCAACCGCUUCUCCUCGCGCUUCUCCUCCUCCCGCCCCGCCGCCUCCGCCGCCGUCUCCUCACUGCUGCCGCCCGUCGCGGGCGGCUUCAGCACGGGCGGCGGGAGCAGUGCACAGAACGCCGGGGCGCACAGCAUGGGGCAGAUCGACCUGCGCGGGCUGGGGGCGGGCGGCGACGGGUUCGACUGCCGGCUCUUCACACCCAAGCAGCUGGAGAAGGCAACUCGCGGGUACGCGCGGGAGAACCUGCUGGGGCGCGGGUCGUUUGGGUACGUGUUCAAGGGCGAGAUGCUGGGGUGCAAGGUGGCGGUGAAGCGGCUGGAGGGGCAGGGGUGGCAGGGGCCGGACGAGUUCCGCAUGGAGGUGGAGGUGCUGUCGCGCAUGCGCCACCCCAACAUCGUGCUGCUCAUGGGCUGCUGCGUCGAGGAAAUGGCCCUCAUCUACGAGUUCCUUUCGGGCGGCACGCUACAGGACAAGCUCGGCCCGCCAAAGACGCCCGACGCCGUGCCUCUGUCGUGGGUGGACCGGCUGAGAAUCUUCUCGGAGAUCUCGUCAGCGCUGCUGUACCUGCACCAGAACGAGCCGCCCAUCGUGCACCGCGACUUAAAGCCCGACAACAUCCUGCUGGACGGGCACAUGAUGAGCAAGAUCGGGGACGUGGGGCUGGCGCGCCUGCUGUGCGCCGAUGACGUCAUGACCAUGAAGGUGCGCGGCACGGCGGGAUACAUCGACCCCGAGGAGGUGGAGACGUGUGAGAUCAGCGUGCUCUCUGACAUCUACGCGCUGGGGCUCAUCCUGCUGCAGCUGCUCACGGGGCAGCGCAGCGUCAAGGCCGUUCACCGCAUGCUCGCCGACUGCACCGCCCGCCCCGCCAGGCCCGGGCAGCACCGGGCGGCGGCGGGUGCGGAGAUGGUGCUGCGGUACCUGGACACGGCGGCGGGCGACUGGCGGCUGGACCUGGCGGAGCAGGUGGCGGCGCUGGCGCUGCGCUGCGCUGAGCGGCGGAGGGAGAACCGGCCGGACCUGGCGGAGGAGAUCCACCCCACGCUCGUGCGCGUGGCGGCCGAGGCCAGCGCGGAGGAGCGCCGGCGCAAGAAGCGUAUCGACUCGCAAUUCAUCUGCCCCAUCUCCAAGGAGAUAAUGAAGGACCCGGUGGUGGCGGCGGACGGCUUCACGUACGAGCGGCAGCACAUCACCACGUGGAUGGGCUCCUCCUCGCUCUCCCCCGCCACGGGGCAGCCCCUGCCGCACACGUGCCUGACGCCCAACAACGUUCUCAAGAACCUCAUCGCCUCGCACAAGUUCCACUGA